ACGGCCGGCGCUGCCGCACCGCCCAGAGGCGUCCAGGACCCUCCUCGCUCCGGCGUCAAAUCGCAGGACGCGGGGCGCUCGGCAGCCGCGCAGGCAAAACUACACUUCCCAGGAUGCCUUGAGGGGGAAAAAAGCCCAGGUGGUCCAGACCCCCAGGGGGGGUCUGUGUUCAACAGGCUUCUCCAACCUGGAGCCCUCGGAGCCAAUGGUCAUCCACCAUAAAUUGCCCACCUUGGGCAGGGAUCUCCAAGGGAUGUCCCACACAUCCGGAGGGCGCCAGCUUGAGGAAGGGAAGGCGAAGAUCUACCAAGGUGUCCGAGUCAAGAUGACAGUGAAGGAGCUUCUACAGCAGAGGAGAGCCAAACAGGCUGCCGUGGCUGAGGCUGUUUUCGGAGAAUGCAGUGGAAACGUCCAGGGCAGUGAGUCUCUUUCCCCUCCCUGUGCAGUUCCUUACGUAGAUGCAGAAUCUUCCUUGUCCAGCUGUUUACAACCUUGGCAGUUCCAGAACGGUGCUUCCUGUGAGGAAAUUCCCAAUUAUCUGGAUCAGCUGGUGGAUUCUUGUCUUCAGGCUGAGCCACCUCUGGAGGUCCCCUUGGCCCUGGUACAGGACCACCUGCCUUGCUCGCCUGAGAGCUUCCAGCCAUCCCUCACCUGCCUGGGUUCUGGAUCCCCGGAAGCUCCUGAUCCCACCAGCUCCUUCGAUUACAGUUACUCCCUGUCCCAGAUGCUUCCUUCUGCCCCGCUCGGCUACGGCUCCCCACCUCUGGAUGGCAAGAGCUGCCUGUAUCCGUCCCCAGAGGAACGCUCCUGCCAGCAGCACACCCACGUCCAACACACCUCCGGCCUAUCGACGUGCUACUGCACCCCUUGUGGCUCCCAGCACUUGGACACUUGCAGAGCCCCAGAAUAUUUCCCCUACGCGACCGUGGAUUGCAAAGACUAUGCGCCUUCGGUCUCUGUGGCAGAUGACUUCUGGAAGGAUAGGAGUUGGGACGUGUGCUACAGUUAGCCAAGGAAUGACUGUCUGCUGUUGUGAGUGCAGGAGAACUGUCGACUCAGGUUGCCAUUUUGGUUGCCCGGCGCUCCAGAUGAUACCUUCCUCAGGUCAACCGAUAUGGAAAGUGCAGGAUGCAAGCUUUAGAGAUCCACAGAAUUCAUCAUUGGGUUGAGUAGAAGAGAGGAAAUCCUUUUAAACCAUUGUUUGGGCUAAAACAACCCAUCUACCCCUCCCCCACUGACGUCUGUCAUGAAAGAAUUCAAAUUCUGUCGCAAGACAAGCUGAGUUCUGCAACCUCUUCAGUAUAUUUGCAAACUGCCUCUUGUGUCCUGUAAUUUGCUGGGCUGCGGCACUCCAACCCCCCCCCCUUCCAAUAUCUCAUCCAACUGUUUUCUCCAUUCCAGUUUUUGCCAUGCCGUCAAUGAACAUAAGUUCCGCACUUCUAAGGGCUAAGAAUGCACUUUAAGAAACAAUCAAGCAAUAAAUAAAUAAAGGUGAUUUUUUUUUUUUUGGCUCUACAAAGUUAAGCCUCCAGAAGUAACUGCUGCAAGUUUUCAGAGCGUGAAGGCAACAAUGGCAUAAUUAUUACCUGUAGAGAGACCUGUGGACUAUUUGUAUGCUUAAAAUUCACCAGCCCUGAAAACUGCAUACCCUCCAUACUGAAGAAUUCUGUGAGACCUGGAAGCUUGCAUACCCCUACCAAUGAAAUGCUUGACUGACUUCAUAACUCUCAUAAAUGCAACAUGUAUAUCCUUGCGCUCAGAUCAAAUGAGUAUGUAUAUUUUUCCCGCGAACGGAUGAUAAUCUAUGCUGAAUUCACCUUUUGGUAGCUUUUUCUGUCGGGUUUCCUUAACAAUGCACACAAUAUUUGAAACCACAUCACAACAUUUUUUUCUCCCAACCAAUCAAUGUGUAUGUUUUAAGAUUCCAUUAAAUGAAU